UCGUCGAGAAAUACUUGACUAGACUCGGACAUCUUAUUCUCCGACCCUCCCCUGCGCUGCUGCUGCUGCAAGUUGCGAGCAUUUACGCAAGAAUGAGACUUUGGAUGACUUUGUUCAGUCGCUCGACCGUGACCUGCUUUUUACUUCUCUUAUGCGAGUUGGUUCAAGUGAUAACUUUUGAACUGACGCUGCUUCAUACCAAUGACAACCACGCUCGGAUUGAUGAGACCAACAGAGAGUCGGGCAGAUGUCCAAAGGGUGGCCCUUGUUUCGCCGGAGUAGCGAGGAGGUUCACAAAGAUCACCGAAAUCCGCAAAAACGAGAAGAAUGUACUUUUACUGGACGCUGGAGACCAGUUUCAGGGAACCGUCUGGUUCAAUUACUACAAAGGCUCAGAAGCUGCAUAUUUCAUGAACAAACUUGGUUAUGAUGUGAUGGCAUUUGGAAAUCACGAGUUUGACAAUGGAGUGGAGGGUCUCAUUGAGCCCUUCCUUAAGAAUGUGACCUGCACCAUACUGAGUGCCAACAUCAAAACUGAUCAGACACUGGGCUCAACACUCAGUGGUUACUAUCAGCCAUAUGUAAUCAAGCAUGUGGGCGGCGAAAAAGUGGCUGUGAUUGGAUACACAACAGUAGAGACACCAGUCUUAUCAUUACCAGGCCCACACCUGAAGUUUGAGGAUGAGGUACAGUCCAUCCAGGUGCAGGUUGAUAAAUUGAAAACCCUCGGUUACAAUAAGAUCAUCGCUCUGGGUCAUUCUGGAUUUGAAGUGGAUCAAGAUAUCGCUAAACGGGUCAGAGGAGUUGAUGUGGUCAUCGGAGGACACACAAACACUUUUCUAUACACAGGUAAGCCCCCAUCCAGUGAAGUCCCGGCGGGCCCAUAUCCUUUCAUGGUGAGGUCUAAUGAUGGGAGAGAUGUGCCUGUGGUCCAGGCAUUUGCCUUUGGGAAAUAUCUGGGAUACCUGAAGGUCACCUUUGAUGAUGAAGGAAAUGUGGUAAAAGCAGUUGGAAACCCCAUCUUGAUGGACAGUAGCAUACCUCAAGACCCGGAUGUCCUCGCUGACGUAGAGAAAUGGAAAGUGAACUUGGCUCACUACUCUGCUCAGUAUGUGGGACAGACCUUAGUCUUCCUCAAUGGGACCUUUGAGGAGUGUCGGUUUGGGGAAUGUAACCUUGGAAACCUGAUCUGUGAUGCUAUGAUUCAUAAUAAUAUCAAGCAUUCAGAUGAGCUGCAGUGGAAUCAUGUGAGCUUAAGCAUACUGAAUAGUGGGAACAUAAGGGCACCUAUAGAUGAGACCUACAAAAACGGUUCCAUUACCAUGGAGGAGAUCCUUUCAGUUUUACCUUUCGGAGGAACAUUUGAUCUGGUCCAGCUGAAGGGGUCGACGUUAAAAAAGGCGUUUGAGCACGCUGUCCACAGAUAUGGAAGUAACACAGGAGAAUUUCUUCAAGUCGCAGGCAUCCAUGUAGAGUUUGAUGUCUCUAAGCCAGUCGGUCAGCGUGUGGUAAACAUGGCCUUGCUCUGCACUCAGUGCCGUGUGCCCCGCUAUGAACCAUUAGACCUGGACAGGGUGUACAAAGUCAUCAUGCCAUCCUACAUUGCAGGCGGGGGAGAUGGCUUCAAUAUGCUCAAACAGGAGAAACUAAAGCAUGACACUGGGGACAUGGACAUUUCUGUUUUAUCGAAGUUCAUCUCAGAGAGGAAACGUGUGCACCCUGCGGUGGAAGGCCGGAUUAGGUUGAGAAACUCGGAUGUACUUGUGGCUCAGAGCUUUGCCCUGGUUUUGCUGGGCCUGUGUUUGUCCAUAACCCUUUAAAUUUUGUACAUUUUCUAUAAUGUUAAUUGCAGAGCUUUGGUAUUUGUAGUAGCAUUGUGAAGCAACGCUACAAAUAAAGCGUUACUGUUGGCUUCCAACUUUGGCAUAACUACAUAUAGAAAUUAAUAUGAAAUGUGGUGAAUGACAGAAUUAGAGCAGAUUUUUCAUUAAAAUUAAAACAACAUCUUUUCAUAUAAACACUGUUUAAUUACAUAGCAUGAGCUGCUCUUCUAUACUGUGUAUUUGCCAUGCAUUUUUCUUUUAGCAAAAAGAGGCCGGUGAAUCUAGAGGGACCCAAAGGGUGUCAUCACAUAAACAUUUGACUUGCUAGUCAGUAUGACAGCAAUACCUCAUUACAUAAUAAGAAAGAACCCAAAGACUCAAAAUGAUUUCCAAUGAGAUUACCAGGGAAGAAGAACCCAUCCACUGUUCCACCCUUAUCGGUUAGAAAAGGGUGGAAAGAAGCAGAGAUGCUGAACUCCAUCAAAGACAAAGGCUAAAUCUGCAUCUGUUUUCGUUUUUGUUAUCCAAAUUCCUCUCAUGCCACUUAAAAACCACUAUUUUUUAACCUGUUGAUUUUUAUCCGGGUUCCCAGUCUUAUCAGGAAAUCCUUUUCCAGGACUUCUGUUUGGCUAUGCUUGAUAGCUGUUGCAACUGGAAGGUCAUAUAUGUUCAGCAUUAACUGUCAGUGGAAACCUCAACAGUCUGUGAAUGGACUGUAUAACUUUUAGCUGACCAAAUAUGCUAUCUCCUCGGCAAAAAAUAUGCAAUCUUAGCUAUCAAUUCCACUUAAAACAUGCUAUCUCAGGGGGUACAAUGCAAUUUUAUAACCUACCUUUACAUUUUUUUUCCAAGGCCUCAAUGGUUCCUAGGACAUUAGAUUUUUGUUAUUUUCCAGGAGAUUCCAAUGACUAGAAAACAGUGUAUACAUUUUCAAGUUUUCCAGGACAGUUGGGUACCCUGAGUAUAAAUGUAGUGUUUGUAUAUAUAAUAGUAUUUUAUUAUCUUCACUUCUUUUGAAUGAGUAUGUUCAAAAAAACUUUAUAAUAAAUGUAAA